AUCAGUCAGAGAAAGAGAAAGAGAUUCAUCAAAAAAUUUUACCAUUCAAAGAAGAGACAGAGAGAGAGAGAGUUGCUUGUAGUGUUUCUCUAUUUGAAGGAGAUGGGCUUGGUGGGGUUCCUUGUUCUGAUAAUUCAGAUCCAUUUAUUUAGUGUGUGGGCUUCAUGUGAGAUUGACUACACAAGCUUUCCACCGGGAUUUCUUUUUGGCACUGCAGCAUCUGCGUACCAGUAUGAAGGAGCCUUUUUAACUGAUGGCAAAGGUCCGAGCAAUUGGGAUGUCUUCUCUCACAUUCCAGGGAGGAUCGUUAAUGGGGAUAAUGGAGAUUUUGCAGUUGACGAGUACCAUCGUUACCAGGAAGACAUUGAGUUGAUGCAUUCUCUUGGGGUGAACACUUAUCGCUUCUCCAUCUCAUGGGCAAGAGUCCUCCCAAGAGGAAAAUUUGGAGGCAUAAACCCUGCUGGCAUCAAGUACUACAACAAGCUCAUAGAUGCACUAGUGAAGAAAGGAAUCCAACCCUUUGUAACGAUAAACCAUUAUGAUAUUCCACAAGAGAUAGAGAACAGAUAUGGAUCAUGGCUCAGCCCUUUGAUAAGGCUAGAUUUCGGACACUUUGCCGAAUUGUGCUUUAGAGAGUUUGGGGACAGGGUGAAGUAUUGGGCUACACUGAAUGAGCCUAACAUCGUGGUGAGGUUCGGGUACAUGAGUGGCUCCUACCCACCUGCCCAUUGCUCUGUGCCCUACGGAAACUGCACAGAUGGAGACUCAGAUUUCGAGCCAUACAUGGCAUCCCACAAUGUCAUCCUCUCUCAUGCGACUGCGGUUGAUAUCUAUCGAAGAAAGUAUCAAGAAAAGCAAGGUGGAUCCAUUGGAAUAGUGAUCUGUUCUUAUUGGUUUGAACCGCUUAAGGACACCCCUGUUGAUCGAAUAGCUGCCCAAAGAGCCCUGGCAUUCGAGUCUGCCUGGUUCUUGGAUCCAAUUGUAUUUGGGGAUUAUCCUCCAGAAAUGAGGCAGAUACUGGGCUCCCGCUUGCCUCGAUUUUCCAAGGAAGAAAGGAGGAAGCUGCAAAAUGGGUUGGAUUUUAUAGGGAUCAACCACUAUACCAGCCUAUAUGUUAAGGAUUGCUUGUUCUCUGAGUGUACAUAUGGAAUGUCUAGCAUUGAAGGGUUCUACUCCAUGAUACUAGAAAGGGAAGGAAUCCCCAUCGGAGAACCUACGGCGAUGACAACAUUCUAUGUGUAUCCACAAGGAAUGGAGAAGAUCGUGAUGUACAUGAAGGAAAGAUACAACAAUCUGCCCAUGUUCAUUACUGAAAAUGGAUAUGCCCAAGGGAGCACCCCAAAAGCCAAAGCUGAAGAAUUUGUAGACGAUGCUGAGAGAGUGAAGUAUCUCGGCAGCUACCUGGAGUCCCUUGCAAAUGCCAUCAGGAAAGGAGCAAAUGUAAAGGGAUACAUGGUGUGGUCAUUACUCGACAACUUUGAAUGGUUAAAUGGUUACAACAUGAGAUUUGGGCUUUACCAUGUUGAUUUCUCCACAUUCAAGAGGACUCCAAAGCUCUCAGCUGAUUGGUACAAAGGCUUCAUUCAAAACUACAAGAAGCACCACAACAUUUCAUACACACAAUCCCUCAUUAAGAAGCCUUAUGCUGCCUCCAAAUAAUAGCACUAGCUCCACCCCUUCCAUUGCUUUCCUGCCCUUUCCUCUUGAUGUAUUAUAAAAGAAAAUCAGCAUGAUAAGAAUGUAUAAAUCUAUAGUUGCUAUUAGCACAAGGUCCAGCUCUUCCAUUGCCUUCUCAUCCACUCUCUUCUUGUUGUACCAUAAAAGAUCCACACUUAAUAUCAGCUCGAGUUUCAUAAGU